AUGAAGUUUACUCAGUUACCUUUUCCGACCACCUUCUUUCUUCUCCUCCUUCUCCUCCGAUCGAUAACCGGCGACAACUCAGAUGUUGAGUACGAUGAUCCACAACAUGCUAUCGCCCUCAACUGCGGUUUCCUCCACAACUCCACGGCAAUUGACGGCAGACAAUGGGUUGGAGAAACUGAUUCUGCUUCAAUCACUUCUUUCCAUGGCCCUGGAAGUAAAUCAGUGGCCCCAUCUUCCUCCAAUGACCACCGAUCACAAUCUCUCGAUCCCACUCCUUACAUGACAGCUCGAGCUUCUCAGUCGUCCUUCACCUACACCUUCCAUGUCGGCUCAGGCUACAAGUUCAUCCGCCUUCAUUUCAACCCAGCAGCUUCAUACUCUGCUUUCAAAAGGUCAACCGCUUUCUUCACCGUAAAAUCAGGUCCGUAUACUCUCCUCAACAAUUUCACUGCGUUCCUACCCGUCGAUUCUCGUAGCCUGAAAUCAAUCGUAAAAGAAUUCACCCUUUAUGUCCCUGACGACGGGAUACCCUUAUCAAUUACUUUCUCCCCCUUAAAAGCAAUCGUCCCUUGGGAUGAGACAUUUGCAUUUGUUAAUGGAAUUGAAGUUGUUCCCAUGCCUACCGGACUUUACUACACCAUGGAGGGAGAUGGAAAUGCAGAUGCAGGAGCAUACGUUGUAGGGCAGAAGUGUCGAUUUUACCUGGGCAGAGACACUGCAAUGGAGAUGGCCUAUCGGUUAAACGUAGGUGGUAUCAAACUUUCAUCUGUUCAUGACCCAAGUAUGUUCAGGGAGUGGACCGAUGAUUCAAACCAUAUCAUAGAAUCAACUGUUUUUCCCAACAUUUCCACAAAUAAGAUCAAGUAUACAAAAACAUCUAAAGAUAGUGCACCACAAAUACUUUACCAGUCGUCUUGGUCAAUGAACCGAAGUUUGCAAGAUGGUGAAGGAGUUAGUUUUACUUGGAAGUUGCCUGUGGAUUCGGGUUUCAGCCUUUCAGGUAUCUAA